GCUCCGGCACCUUCGGCAAUUUCCGUCGGGCCCUGGCCGCCAUUUUCUCUCCGCUUGUGUGUCUCGCUGGCUGCGUGGCUCGGUUCUUGUGAGCGAAGCUUUGUCCGGUUCGGCAAUGGACGGAAUUGUCACUGAGGUUGCAGUUGGCGUAAAGAGAGGAUCUGACGAACUACUCUCAGGCAGUGUUCUCAGUAGUCCAAACUCUAACAUGAGCAGCAUGGUAGUUACAGCCAAUGGUAAUGACAGUAAAAAAUUUAAAGGAGAAGAUAAAAUGGAUGGUGCUCCUUCUCGUGUACUUCAUAUUCGAAAAUUACCUGGUGAAGUGACAGAAACUGAGGUUAUUGCAUUAGGCUUACCGUUUGGUAAGGUGACCAACAUCCUUAUGCUGAAAGGAAAAAAUCAGGCAUUUUUGGAACUAGCAACAGAGGAAGCAGCUGUUACUAUGGUUAAUUACUAUUCUGCUGUGACACCUCAUCUUCGUAAUCAACCGAUUUACAUCCAGUACUCCAAUCACAAAGAACUAAAAACAGAUAAUACAUUAAACCAACGUGCUCAGGCCGUUCUUCAAGCUGUGACAGCUGUCCAGACAGCAAAUACCCCUCUUAGUGGCACCACGGUCAGUGAGAGUGCAGUGACUCCCGCCCAGAGUCCAGUGCUUAGAAUAAUUAUUGACAACAUGUAUUACCCGGUAACACUUGACGUUCUUCACCAAAUAUUUUCGAAGUUUGGUGCUGUAUUGAAGAUAAUCACAUUUACAAAAAAUAACCAGUUUCAAGCUCUCCUCCAGUACGGUGAUCCAGUUAAUGCUCAGCAAGCAAAACUAGCCCUAGAUGGUCAGAACAUUUAUAAUGCUUGCUGUACCCUAAGGAUUGAUUUUUCCAAACUUGUAAAUUUGAAUGUAAAAUACAACAAUGAUAAAAGUAGGGAUUAUACUCGGCCUGAUCUUCCAUCUGGAGAUGGACAGCCCGCACUGGACCCAGCUAUUGCUGCAGCAUUUGCCAAGGAGACAUCCCUCUUAGUUGAUAGAGUCAAGAUGAAGAAAAAAGAAGGGCAAAUGUUAUUUUGGCUUCCUGUUGCAGCUGUUCCAGGAGCUCUGAGUCCUUUGGCUAUUCCAAAUGCUGCCGCGGCGGCUGCUGCGGCGGCUGCCGGCCGAGUGGGUAUGCCUGGAGUCUCAGCUGGUGGCAACACAGUCCUGUUGGUUAGCAAUUUAAAUGAAGAGAUGGUUACGCCCCAAAGUCUGUUUACCCUCUUCGGUGUUUAUGGAGAUGUGCAGCGUGUGAAGAUUUUGUACAAUAAGAAAGACAGUGCUCUAAUACAGAUGGCUGAUGGAAACCAGUCACAACUGGCCAUGAAUCAUCUUAAUGGACAGAAAAUGUAUGGAAAAAUUAUUCGUGUUACUCUGUCUAAACAUCAGACUGUUCAGCUACCUCGAGAGGGACUCGAUGAUCAAGGGCUAACAAAAGAUUUUGGUAAUUCCCCAUUGCAUCGUUUUAAGAAACCUGGAUCCAAAAAUUUUCAGAACAUUUUUCCUCCUUCAGCAACCCUUCACUUAUCCAAUAUCCCUCCUUCAGUAGCAGAAGAGGAUCUGCGAACACUGUUCGCUAACACUGGGGGCACUGUGAAAGCCUUUAAGUUUUUUCAAAGAGAUCACAAAAUGGCUCUUCUUCAGAUGGCAACAGUGGAGGAAGCUAUCCAGGCCUUGAUUGAUCUUCACAAUUAUAACCUUGGUGAAAACCACCAUCUGAGAGUGUCUUUUUCCAAGUCAACAAUUUAAAAACAGGGGGAGAUGAAGAUUGGAGGUGAAUCACAUUGUUUGGUGUCAUCACCUACUGACUGUUCAGAAAAGUGGGGACCAGAGUUUGAUUUUUUUUUUUUUCAUGCUGUUGUCAUUCCUUGGUUAUGAAAUGAAAUGGCAUACGUAAAGGCAGAGUCAUUAACUGCUCUAUUUCAUCUGUUCUGUAGGGAAGCCAUUUUUAUUGUCUGUUUAAAAUUUUAGUUUAAUUUUACUUUCCUUUUUCAACUUAGUUGACAUACGUGCCUUAAAAAGGAAAACUAGUGUUGCUAUUGUGCAUUUACUAGGAAAAAAGGCAUUGGUUGUCUAGGGCACAUUGUUACAUGGGAAUUAUAAUCUGUUUAGGCAGGGGUGUGUAAAAAGGUUAAGUUUUUGUUUCUCCUGCUUGGAACUUAUUUUGAAUUAUUGGCUUGUCACAUUUAUUUCUAGUUAAUCAAAUAAGAUACAUGACACUGAAAGAAUAAAGCAACGUUUUUUAGUUUUUACUACCUUAGGCUUUAUUGCUUUGAAAAAACAUUGGCCUUUUGUAUCUCACAAUUCUGGUCUAGAUUCAGUUAUGAAUGUAGGCAUUAGUUACAAUUAACAAGAUGCAGAGUAUUAAUUUCUUAAGACAACAAAGUGAUUUCUGUAAGUUUGAGCCCUACGUGGAAAGCAUUGUGGAAUCUUAACCUUUUUGUACACACUCUUGUGGGACGUAUCAUAUAAAUGUCAGCACUAAGUAAUGUCUUGUUUGUGGCUGAAUAUUUUCCGUAGAUGUUUUUGAAGUUGACAUGACUUACGUGCAUUUAAAUAUAUAUUGCCAUCCUUAGUUUGUAAUUAAGAUUUGGAACAUGGUUGUGGAUUUCUGAGCAUGUGCAGACUGGUCUAGCUAGUUCAGGAACUGGUGCAUGUAUUUUUCAAAGAUAAAGAAAGUGUACUGCAGAAAUUUGCAGGAAGGUUAAUUUUGUGGCAGUUUUCUAAAACUGACAACCAGGUGGGACCAAAGUUUAUGUGCCUUUAGUCUUAAUUUACCUUGCAUUGUAAUAUUCAGUUUUAAUAAAUCUUCAAAAUAUUUUGUAUUUAGGAAUAGAUCUGACUUUAAUAAAAACAUGGCUCAGAAUCUACAGGUCAAAUUACUUUGAACAGUUCUUGUCAAUCUGAAUUGUUGAUUCUGUUUAAAUGACCAAUACUUUUUGAAAUUGAUGUACUUAGUUUCAAGAUUCAUAGAUUCUGUUAUCUAUGUAGACAGAAUGGUCAUGUAUAUUUUCUAUUAGUUGAGUUUUUACAUCUUUAGAAAUGUAAAAUUCAGUAUAGUUUGAAAGCGGCACAAUUAAAAAUUAAUUUUCUAACAAA